AACCCGAUUAUUUGCCCUGCGUAGAGAGAGAGAGAGAGAGAGAGAGCGAGAGCGAGAGAGAAAGAGAGAGAGAGGCUGAGGCGCGGAGCUCAACAUCAUCAGUCGCAAUAACGGCUUAAUCAUUCCUCACCGUGGACGACCGACACCAACUUCAGCAUCUGAAACGCUUUAUUAGACAGGAGAAAAGAAACACGCAUUUAGAAAACGACACUUUUUCCCGGUGGUGCUGGUGAUUUUUGCUGGAUUUUAAGUGUGAAGCGGUAAAGUCCACCCGGCGGUUCAACACCUUCAGUCACACCGCAGGACAAACUUCACCGGACACACUUCAGACGCGCCAUGAAGUACAGCUACUGGAAUCUUUGAAUUGAGCGGAGGAAGUCGAGAGAAGAAAGCCUGGUUUGAAGAAAACGCAAGCAAAAACAGAGGGACAAAAGAAUAAAGUUCAGUGGUGAAAGAGAGAGACGAAAAGACGGGGACAAUGGGGAGGAAAAAGAUUCAGAUCACACGGAUUAUGGAUGAACGCAACAGACAGGUGACGUUUACAAAGAGAAAGUUUGGACUGAUGAAGAAAGCCUACGAGCUGAGCGUGUUGUGUGACUGUGAGAUUGCCCUCAUCAUCUUCAACAGCACCAACAAGCUGUUCCAGUAUGCCAGCACAGAUAUGGACAAAGUGUUGCUGAAAUACACUGAGUACAAUGAGCCACAUGAGAGCAGGACCAACUCUGACAUUGUGGAGACCCUGAGAAAGAAGGGUCUAAAUGGCUGUGACAGCCCCGACCCCGACGCAGACGACUCAGUGGGCCACAGCCCAGAGUCGGACGACAAGUUCCAUAAGAUCAACAACGACAUUGAUCUGCACAUGAUCAGCAGACAGAGGAUAUGUGCAUUGAGCAAGAAGGAGAACAAAGGCGGCGAGAGCCUGGAGCUCGAGUCUGCUCUCGCUCUCACUCCGCGCACGGAGGAGAAAUACAAACAGAUUAACGAAGAGUUUGAUCUAAUGAUCAAGACUCAGAAGAUACCUGCGGUGCCCUCUUCUACCUACGAGAUGCCCAUCCCCGUGAAUAACCAGAUCUACCCAGGCAAUCAUAACCUGCUUCCACUGGCCCACCAUGGCCUGCAGAGAAACAGCAUGUCACCCGGGGUCACACACAGACCACCUAGUGCAGGUGGUCUGAUGGGCACUGAUCUCUCCACUGGCGCGGGCACCAGUGCUGGAAAUGGCUAUGGAAACCACCGUAACUCUCCAGGACUUCUGGUGUCCUCCGGAGGAAUGAACAAGAGCAUGCAGGCCAAGUCCCCUCCACCAGUGAACCUGGGGAUGAACAGCCGUAAGCCUGACCUCCGAGUGCUCAUCCCACCUGGGGCCAAGAACAACAUGCCCUCCAUUAACCAGAGAAUAAACAACUCUCAGUCUGCACAGUCACUGGCUACCCCCGUGGUUUCUGUAGCGACGCCCACUCUACCAGGGCAGGGAAUGGGCGGUUACCCAUCAGCCAUUUCCACCUCAUAUGGUACUGAAUAUUCUCUGAGCAGUGCAGAUCUGUCCUCUAUAUCUGGCUUCAACAGUGCCAACACUCUGCAUCUGGGCUCAAUGAGCGGAUGGCAGCAACAUCAGAUCCAGAACAUGCAGCACUCUGCCCUCAGUCAGCUGGGAAAUUGCUCUAGCACUCACUUAUGUCAGGGUUCAAAUCUCUCCCUGCCCUCUACUCAAAGCCUGCACAUCAAGUCCGAACCUGUUUCUCCUCCUAGAGAUCGAUCCAGCAGCACCACGCCCGGCGGCUACGGCCCGCUACCAUCCCACCAGCAGCACCAGGGCCCGCCCCCACAGGGGCGACAGGACUCGGGCCGCUCCCCGGCCGACAGCCUCAGCAGCUGCGGCAGCUCGCACGAGGGCAGCGACCGCGACGAUCACCGUCCCGACUUCCAUUCGCCCUUAGGAUUGGGUCGGCCCGGCCUGGACGAGCAAGACAGCCCAUCCAUCAAGCGCGUCCGCCUCUCGGAGGGGUGGGCCACAUGAUAAGCGAUGCCCCCCUUGGACAGCCCCAUCCUCGAUCUUGACCUCCCCACGCGAAGCGGCGUGGUUCCACGGCGCCUCACAUGUUCUCGCUUUCUCUCUGCCGUUUAUGACUAGUCACAAUCAUUGCUCUCCUUUAUUCUCUGAUUUGCUGUGGAGAGGGGAGGAAGUGCUCUCUCUUUUUUUUUUUUUUUUUUAUUAUUAUUUUAUCAGAGUGUGUCUGAUAUACAUAUUGUUGUGAUUGACGGGUUUUCAGGGAGGGAAACAGGAAGGAGGACUAGUUCAACCGGGUCGGGGAGGGUUUAGUGGGCGGGCUACUAUGCAUAACUUGUGCAGUGUGUGGAAUACAAUGUAAAGAAUUACCAUAUAUGCAUAUAUAUUUACACGUUGUGUAGGUGUACAUGUAUGCAGAGUAACAAACCAACAAAAAGUGUCAGGUACUCUUGGAUCUUCUUUUUUUUUUUUUUUUUUUGUAAAGUACUUGCCUCGGUGAUGUUCAGCCACAAGAGGAGCACAGCAGAGAGGUGACAGCUUAGCACUUGAGUUGUUGUACCAGUACAAUAUGUACAGAUUCCUUUUUUUAGUGCCACUCUCUUCAGAGGGCCCCUUCGCUAAAUGUAUGUUAUGGGUGACAAUGUCAUGUUGCAGGUUCAACGUAUUGUACAUAGAGACAAGGCUGGGACACGGGGGAAGGGUCAAGGUUGGUAAAAUAUUACUGAUUUCACACAAACAAAACUGUUAUGCAAGAAUUUCGAAGGAUUGUACAGAUUUAUGUGCAGGUUCCUUGGUUAAGUUAUGGGGGAGUGGGUAUUUCAGGAAAAAACUCUCCUGCUGAAGGAAAAAAAAAAUAGCAGGACGGAGUCGCAGAGAUGAAGGACUUUAAAUUAAGAGCCAUGUUACUUCAGUCUGAUGACAUUUAAACCUAGGACUUGCAGUUGUUGUUCAGUAUUAAAAGAAGAAAAAGAGAAAAAAAAAAAAGUAUGAUACACUUGCUUCUAUUUUCAUAUCAAAAAGGAAUACAAUGCAAAGCAUUUUUGUGGCUUUUUGUAGUUUAUAAGAGCCAGAAUGUGUUUUGAUAGCUUUGCUUAUAUGAGAAAUGAUAGUAAAAGAACGAGAAACUUUGGGCUUUUCAACCAUAAGCCAUGAAAUCUGAGACAGUGAAUUCUUGCUUUGCUCAAUGUUUUUUUUUUUUUUUCCUCUCUCUCUCUCUCUCUCUUUGUAGAAGUUUUGUUUUUAAACGUGUAUUUCUAAGUAUAUUGAAUAAUAAUAUUAAGAAUCUUUUUAAAGAAUCUGUGAAAUUAACAUGCUUGUGUAUAGCUUUCUAAUAUAUGAAUAUAUAUGAUAAAAAAAAAAAAUAUGGUCAUAACUUUUUCCCCAUUGCAGGGGAAAUGUGCAGUUGCACACGUUAAUUUUUUCUUUCCCCUUCCUUUUUUUUCCUUCACCGGACUGAGUCUUUUAGGGGCAAAUACAUUCAGAAUGACAUUUUGAAAUUUAACUCACACUCAUAAAUAUAUGCCCCCUUUUUUUAAAGCACAAGAUACUUGCCCAGAUCUCCACUUUGGUCUGGAAUAUUCAAAACCUUUUAAAGUUUCCAGUGUCACAUUAAUCGACAUUGCACUGAAGAUUUUAUAAUAUACAGUAAGACAGCACAGUCAUAGAUACCUCAUGACUGCUUGUGUAAGCUUGUAUCAUCAUUUAGUGGAUUGUGACUAGUUUUGUUCAGUUGUUAUACAUAUCUAUCAUUGUGCAUUCUGUGAUUUUGACAGGACAUAUGUUAGUCUGUUUUUUCUACCAAAGACAAAAAGUGAUGUUAUGUUUGCCGAUCCAUGAUCCUUUCUGGGUUUGAGACCAUUGUGUUUCUUCACAAGUUGUUCAUGCUAGUGGCUGGUACCUCUGACUCACCCUCCCAGUGCCUCAGAUUACCUUUCGAUGAGUUGGUCUUGUUAAGAAUUGGGAACAUUCUCCUCUAACUAACGAGUGUACAGUAUUGUGAAACAAUGCCAUUGUUUGUUAUAUAGAUUUCAGCUGUCCAUAUAUGACUCUCCGGUUAUUUUUCUUUUUCUUUUCUUUCUUUUUUUUUUUUUAUUGAUUUUUUGGUUGACCUUUUCUGUUUCUCUCUCUCUUUCUCUCUCUUGAGUGUUGUUUCCAUUAAGUAUAUAAAUAACAAAAUAAAAAAAUGAAAAAAAAAAAAUGCUGAAAAAUUCUGUAGUAACAAAUGUAGCUUGUAUAAACCUACAAUGGGUAAGGGUGAAAGAAAGUGUCUUUUUGUUUUCUAACCAGGAGAAAGAGGCUUUCAGCGGCACAAGCUGGACUUUGUCGCCACUUGAAGACAAGAUGUCAUUAAAUUAAAACCACAUCUCUGUAUCUCAAGGGACUUGAUUCAGCUGUAUGUAGUAAAAAUUAAUGUAUGGAAUAAAAAUUGUUUCUCCUGCUGGGACUUAAAAAAAAGGUAUUUGUAUUUUGCAGAGAAUUCAGUAAAGUUACUGGCUUUCUUAGUUA